AUGUCGUCUUACGGCGGAGCGAAGUCUGCGACUGUAGACUCCGGCAGUUUCACAGGCUGGCCACCUGCGGUGCAGCAUCCAACGCAAGAGCAUCCUGGUGUCACAGACGGGGCCCGUCAUUGCAACUUCUGGCGGCGGGAUGGCAGCUGCAAGCAUGGAGACAGUUGCAAGUUCCUGCAUUCCGAGUCCCUGAAAGGCACCGGCAUGGAGACCAGGACAUGUUCAUUCUGGCGCAGCGGUACCUGCAAGCUUGGCAGCAACUGCAGGUACUUGCAUACAGAUUUGAAGAAGGCUCCGUGCAAAUUUUGGGAAAGUCGAGGCAUCUGCAGAAAUGGAGAGGAAUGUCGUUUUGAGCAUGGAGAGCUGUCCAACUGUGCACAGUACAUGGCAGGGAAGGGGUGUCGCAAAGGAUGCAAUUUCAAGCAUCCGGCGCCGAACGGAGAGGUGCCGCUGUGUAGAAACUUUGUGGAGGGUUCUCAGUGCAACGAAGACUGCAAGCUCCAGCACCCAACUCCGAAAGUGAUCAUGCUGCAUGUGCGCGGCAUGUCCGGCGCGGAGCUUCUGAGUGACUACAAGAUCUCGGAGUUCGAAUGCCUGGUCACAAUGUAUAGCCUCAUCACGGAGAAACUGCCAGGGGAACAGCAGUGCUUGGAACUCCUUCAUGGAACUCAAUGCCUGAACCGGUUUGACACAGCGUACACGGCGAGCCUAUCUGACGGAGAUGACCUUACCGCAGUUGUGGGCUUCCGCUGCAUUGAGUGUGGAGGUAACCACGAGGUCCCAGAACCCAGCUGCUAUCACCAGGGAAGAUCCGACACCCACCCUUUCGAGUAUUUUCGCAAGCCGGCUCCAGAUCAUGUGCGGAACAGGCCAAGGCGGCGUGGUGGUUGGGAUCCCGAUUAUGAUGGCAUGUCUGGCAACUGGAAUUGUUGUGGGUGCGACGAUGAAUCCAACAAGUUGUGCUCGAAUCACUACAGCAGACUUUGCGCAUGCCAUAGGUAA